AUGGAAAGCAACAAUAAAGAUAAUAGCCAUCAAUCCUUGCUUAGUCCCUACAAAAUUGAUGAUGAAAUCUGAAUGGUUCCUUGCAAGCUUGAUGGCCUGAAGCAUAAAUAUUCACCUCUCAUUUACCCAAGGGUGUUAUCUGGCAAUCUAAAGCAUCCAUGGACCAAAAAAGAGGAUGAUAUUGUCAUCAGCCUACUUAAUACGCAGUCUUACAAAAAGUGGACUAUUAUCGCGAAGGCAAUCAACAAGCAGAUUCAUAACGAAGUCCCUGUACGUAAUGGCAAACAAUGCCGUGAAAGAUGGCAUAACCAUUUGAAUCCUAAACUAAAGAAAGGAGACUGAACCUAUGAAGAAGACCAAAUCAUUAUCGAAAAACAGCAAGAAAUUGGCAAUAAAUGGAGCAUUAUUGCAAAUUUUUUGCCUGGAAGAACUGAAAAUAAUGUUAAAAAUAGAUGGAAAAGCAUCCUCAGGAGAUCAAAGCGUGAAAGCUUAAAACCAUUGAUUUCUGCCACGGGCGCAAGCAAUGUGUUUUCGAGCAAAUUUUCACAAAGAGAAAUUGGGAAAUGUCAAGAAGCUUUUAUUGGAGAAUCAGAAGAGCUACAAGCCAGCUUUUAUGGCUUAGAUGAACUUGAUCCAAUUGAUGAUGUUGCUUUGACUUAUUUAGAGUAA